CAACGGUAGAGCAAGUCCAAAUUCCAAUUUGACCAAAUUAUCCAGCUAUUGUGUGCUCUCUGAAACCAGCUCUAUGAGCAGGAUACCCGUGUCAUUAGACCAAAUGUUCGAGGACAAGGCUGAAAUUUUCCAAAAGCAGCAGCAACUAGAAUGAAACGGCCCAAGGCCCAAAUAAACCCAAAAGAACCCAGCUAGGAUCCUAUCUUCUUCCUCUUCUCUUCUCUCGGAGCUUUGGAGCGAGCUCUCUAUCCCCAUUUCCAUGGCCUUGGCUCUCUUAAUAUCCCCACUUCCUCCCGCAAAAAUCAACAAAUUCACCCUUCGCCAACCAAAAACCCCACCAAAAUCCCUUUCAAAUAGAUUCAAACUCCGAGCAGUACAAGAAACAAAGGAGAAAUCACAGCCCACUCAAUCCUCGCCCGACGAAAUCACACGGAAAUACGGCCUAGAGGUCGGACUAUGGAAGAUAUUUAGCUCGAAAAGUGAAGGAGACGGCGAAGAGAAAUCAAAGGCAGAUCAAGCAAAGGAACUGCUAACCAAGUACGGAGGUGCAUACCUUGCCACCUCCAUUACCCUCUCCUUGAUCUCCUUCGCUCUCUGCUACGCUCUCGUCAGUGCUGGAAUCGACGUCCAAGCUCUUCUCGCCAAGGUUGGCAUUGCAGCCGAUGAGACUGGUGGAAAAGUGGGGACCUUUGCGUUGGCUUAUGCUGCACAUAAAGCUGCAUCCCCCAUUAGGUUUCCGCCGACAGUAGCUCUAACGCCGAUAGUUGCUGGUUGGAUAGGGAAGAAGACUGAUAAGGCUGACAAGUGAUCGAGUCUUCAGUAAUCAGGACCAAAUGUAGGGUUUUCACCUUUUUUUUUCUCUUGUCUAUGAGGUUCGUAUACUAUAGCUUAGGGGAUAUAUCUCUGCUUUGAUGUAAUACUUCAAAUAUUCACAGUAAAUAAGUUUGAAUUAACUUUGUGAAAGUUGCUUUUUAUCA